UCCACAAAGCUCCAGUCUAAUAGAGUGACUGUUACUGAAAUAAACGGUUAGGUUGAGCUGUGUCAUCUUGCCGCACCUCAACAGCAAAGCAAAACAAACAAACAAACUUCACGAUUAUAACAAAAUCUCAGACAGGAACAAUGCUAUCUUUCCAUCGCGCCCAGCUCGCGCUCUGCACUGUUGGACUUAAUCGAAGAAGCAAAGCGAGAGAUCAGGGCCUUAGCUAAGCUCGAUUUCCGCCGCUCUCUCGCGUUCGGACUGAGGCAAUGUCCAUGGUGAAAUUCUCUUCCUAUAGGUAUUUAGCAGCUUUUUUUUUUAACUUUCCUCUUCGAAUAAGAAAGUACAGAAACGAUUAAAAUGACUGAGACAAGUGCCUCGGUUUCCCUCACUGGCUACGGCCCUGGAGACAGAUAUUCCUGAUCAGCAAGCCUUGCCAAGGCGUUCUAGAAUUUUGACAAUUUAAUAACAUUAUUUCUAGACCUAUUUUGGUAAAGGAGGAUGCAUGGAAAUGGAGGAGAUUACAGUGGUGGUGUUCACAGAAAUGAUCAUAACUAACCAAGUGAGAACGAUUACAGAGGAUGAAACACAUAACGAGCCAAUCACAACAACGUCUCUUCUUCCCGCGCCCUUGAAACACCGUCUUUCUUUCUCUUUGUUCUUUUUGCACUGGUAAAUUACAGAAAUGGUACAAUGAGUCCCAAUUCUGUUCGAAUCCAGUUAGAAAACAGUAAAAUUACAUUUGGCCGAUUUCUUUUUGGCUAGCGUAACGCAACUCCGGCUUGCGCGCGGAGAAGUACAGCGUUGCGUGACCAGUCUACUGAGAAGUGGGAGUCUGGUGCCAAGUAUCGCUCGUACGCAUACAAUUUUGACUGACCGAAAUUGGCGGUGCAAUGCUGUGACAGGUGAUGGUGCAAUCUUCAUUUCAGCGGAAUCGUGAGCAUUACUAACUAGAUUCUAUACAGCUCAAUUUUCGGUACUUGAAAGACGUAGAAGUAAAAUGAGCGGUAGAAGAAGUCAGCAAAGUGCCGCUAGCGCGAACAAUUCGCAAAAGAGCAACCACAAUAUUCAGCUGUCCAAAGCUCUUUCUUACAUUCUACGGCAUGGUGCAGCUAAGGAAGGACUACAAAUGACGCAAGGUUUCAUUUUUGUGGAUGACCUUUUAAGACUACGACAGUUCCAAAGAUAUUCAGAGGAUGACGUCAAAAAAGUUGUAGCUGAGAAUGAUAAGAAACGCUUUGCUCUGAGAAAUGAUCCAGCAACAGACAGGCUUCAAAUCAGAGCAAAUCAAGGACACACUAUGGAGGUAGACGAUCUUGAGUUGGAACCCAUUACAGACCAUUCUGAAGCACCCACUGUCAUACAUGGCACCUAUCGCGACUGUUGGGAACCGAUAAAAACUCAGGGCUUGUCACGAAUGAGCAGAAAUCACAUCCAUUUUGCACCUGGAGAGCCUGGAGAAGAAGGUGUCAUCAGUGGAAUGCGAUCAAGCUGUGAAGUUGUGGUGUUUAUUGAUCUCAAAAAGGCCCUUAGUGAUGGCUUCAAGUUUUACAGAUCAUCCAACAACGUGAUCCUCUGCCCUGGAAAUGAACAAGGUUUUCUCCCACCUAAAUAUUUUGAAAGAGUUGUACAGAUUAGACCCAGUAAGUACAACAGUGUUUUCACAAUCAUAUGUUUUGAUGCAUGACAGUAAAAGCACUGUGACAGUCUGUCUCAUUUUGUAAAUAUCAUCUUGACUGCUAUACUUUUAGUAUGUGGUAGGGUCCAGGAAGGCUUGAACCCUGGCGUCCCCCAGAUUACAAGACUUAGUAGUAUCCUAUGACUUUUGUCUCUCAACAAAUUCUUUCUGAGCCAGUUCAUGUUGCUGAUAUGAUUAUUGGUUGUUCGUUUCAGGGAAAGAAUUGCUUUUUCCUGCCACCUGAUCAUAGUUACCAACCAACAGAGGUGAUAGGAGUGACCAAAUUAUUUUAAUUCAUAACUAAAAUGAUUAUUAUUCAGUUAUGAACUGUCCUACCUG